CGCUGCAACAACGAUGAUGGACUUGCAUUGUGGUGCUGUGUUUAUGUUGUUGGUGGUGCUCUCCCUGCUGGUUGAAAGUGGGAGGAGUGUGUUGGCGACGAGUGAGCAAGCGCACGUGUCGAGGGAAUGUGCGAGGGCGACAGCGCCACACGCUGUGGAGCACGGUGGCAGCGAGACCAUCUUUGGCAUCAUGAUCACAGGCAAGGACGUGCAUCGCGAAGCACUGGCACAGCUGGCCGCCGACGCAUUCCACAACCAGACGUACCCUUCUAAGGUCCUGAUCAUCGUCAACACGGGCAACUUCACCCUCAACCCACACCCGUGCCAACACGAGAUUCGCGCGUCAGCUGACCUGAAACUUGGCACCCUGCGCAACAUGGGCAUCAGCGCCGUUCCCACCAACGCCACUUGGGUGCAGUGGGACGAUGACGACUGGCGCCCAAAGCAUGCGCUGCAGUCGCAGUACCAUUGCAUGACACAGGCGCAUGCGCUCGGAUGCGUGCUGGAGCGACAGUGGCAGGUGGCCCUGCACCAGAACUCGACAUUCCUCAAACGCAUGCGGCCCGGCAUCAUGGGAACGCUCAUGCUUCGAGCAACGCCAGCCACGAAGGAGCUUCGCUAUCCUCAACUGGCACGACAGGAAGACUCGCUCUUCCUGCGCGAUGUGCGUGAGGUGGGAACGGUCCAUAUUUGCGACAACCAUCCGGAUUGGUACUUCCGACUCUUGCACGGCCACAACACGUGGGGCGCAGCACACUUCCACCUCGACCUCGUCGACGACAACACGUGGUGCGGCACGGAACCGCUGCCGCCUUCCGCUGUGCACCAGCCGCUACCUCCACGCCAAGCCCGCCUCCGCGUCAUUCAACAACACCGACAACGGCGGGCAGUGGAGUCGUUCUGCGAUGCAAACACAACUGCGCACACACGCCACGUGUUCCAGCUCUAUCAGCACCAGACAUUACCCACUUCCGCAAACCAUGCUGCGUUGUGACACGGCUUCUUCGCCUGGCAUCAUGGGCGUGACUGCGCAAUCCAACACAUGACAGUUCGGGUUCAUUAUGGUCACAUCAAUACACCACAACAGCAAGCGAAUGCUAUGGACAACAUGAAGAAUAAGCG